ACCUGCGCCAUCCACAGCUCCCUGCAACCGUUUGCCAAGCUGCUUGGCGAAUGGGAGGGAGAGGGCUCAAUGAGCCUCUACACUCAAACCACCUACCCCUGCUCCGAGAACAUCUCGAUUGGCCACGUGGGACAACCGUCAUUCUGGUACAGCGACAACACAGGUCACGUGCACAUACUGAAGGGACCGGCGAGGAAUGAGCACGGAAGGAUACACAUCGUGCUGGAAACAGAGCUCACAGAAGGCCAUCCGCUUCCGAAGAAGCCGAAAAUGCUUCGAGUGCGCAGGGAAAUCGCCCUACUCGACAACGAUACCUUGACACAAAAGGUGUUUAUGGCUACCGAGAAGAAGACUGACAUGACUCUGCACACCAACAUGAUUUACAAGCGCUUGCCCAAGUUGCCUGGCAGUGGCGAUCUUUAG